CGGCACUGCUCCAUCGUGAAUUCUGAGAGGCCUUUCACUUUGCAGCCUUUCACAAACACUUUGCACACACCCUACUAAUCCUUCCCUCUUAUCGCAUACCGAAAAUGGGGCAUCUCGUAACUAUCGCCACUUGCAACUUGAACCAGUGGGCACUCGACUUCAUUGGAAACCAGCAACGCAUUCUUGAGAGCAUUCGUCAAAGCAAGCUCCGCGGUGCUAGGCUGAGAGUAGGACCAGAACUGGAAGUAUGUGGCUAUGGCUGCCUGGACCACUUUCUUGAAGGUGAUACCGAUAUGCAUUGUUGGGAGAGUUUGAGCGAGAUCAUUCAACAUCCAGACUGCCAAGACAUCCUGCUGGAUAUUGGAAUGCCCGUCAAGCACAAGGAUGUGAGGUAUAAUUGCCGUCUUAUCUGCUACAACAAAGAAAUCCUCCUCAUUCGGCCAAAGCUUUACUUAGCCAACGAUGGAAACUACUAUGAGAUGAGAUAUUUCACACCUUGGAAAGGAGCCCGCGUUGUCGAGAACUUCUACUUGCCGCGAUCAAUCACCAAGAUUAUGGGCCAGAAGAAAGUUCCUAUCGGAGACGCGCUUAUUAGUACUUUGGAUACCUGCGUUGGUGUCGAGACGUGUGAAGAGUUAUUUACCCCAAAUGCUCCUCACAUCGCGAUGGGCUUGGAUGGGUGUGAAGUCUUCACCAAUAGCUCCGGAAGUCAUCAUGAACUCAGAAAAUUACACACCAGAGUCGAAUUAAUCGUGUCCGCAACGCUGAAAAGUGGCGGGAUUUACAUGCAACAAGGGUGCGACGGAGACCGCCUCUACUAUGACGGAUGUUGUAUGAUAAUCGUCAAUGGAAAGAUUGUAGGGUACGUAGCUCCUCUUCACAGCAUUUGUCAAUUCUCGUUGAACGAUGUCGAGGUGGUCACAGCGACUAUAGACCUAGAGGAGGUCAGGAGUUACCGAGAACAAAAAAGUCGAGCCAUGCAGGCCCGUGAUCAACCAAAGUAUGAGCGUGUUGAAGUGGACAUGUCCCUCUCACGCGAAGGCGAUGGAAUCGAUCUCCACCUACGACCCACAAGACCGAAGGAGGUUUCUUAUUACCUGCCAGAAGAGGAGAUAGCAUACGGUCCAGCUUGCUACCUUUGGGAUUACCUCCGAAGAGCAAAGCAAGCAGGAUUCUUCCUUCCUCUGAGUGGAGGUAUUGACUCGUGUGCAACCGCACUCAUCGUCCAUUCUAUGACCCACUUGGUCCUCGAGGCAAUACAAUCAGGAAAAAAUCCGCAAGUCCUCCAAGAUCUCCAUCGGAUCUGCGGAGAAGAAGAAAACAGUAUCUGGAAGCCCAAAACUCCACAAGAAAUCUGCAAUAAGAUUUUCUGUACGGCCUACAUGGCUAUGGAAAAGCAUUCUUCCUCCCUCACCCGACAACGAGCUGCAAAUUUGGCUGAAGCCAUUGGUGCCCACCACCUGGAAUAUGCAAUUGAUUCUGUGUAUGAUGCACAGGUGGCACUCUUGCAAUCGACGACUGGCUAUGAAGCAAAAUUUAAAAUGUAUGGUGGCACAAAAGUUUCAAAUCUUGCACUCCAGAAUAUCCAAGCUCGUCUUCGAAUGGUCAACGCAUACACCCUCGCUCAGCUCCUCCCUCAGAUCCGUGGUCGGCGUGAAGGGGCUCCAGGGUCCUUGCUUGUUCUUGGUAGCGCUAACGUAGAUGAGUCCCUACGCGGUUACUUGACAAAAUAUGACUGCAGCUCUGCUGAUAUCAAUCCGAUCGGUGGCAUCUCAAAGACAGAUCUGAAGCGCUUUAUUCAAUGGGCUUCGAAGCCAGAGACCUUUGGACUGUCUCUUCUUCAAAAGUUCCUCGACGCUCCACCCACAGCAGAGCUCGAGCCCAUCACAGACACCUACAUCCAGUCCGACGAAGCAGACAUGGGAAUGACCUACAACGAGCUCUCCGUCUACGGUCGCCUCCGCAAGAUCCACAAGCUCGGCCCGUGGGGAAUGUGGGAAGAGCUCGGCCGCCUGUGGGGCGAUAAGCUGUCACCUCAACAAAUCUACGAGAAAGUCAGGUUCUUCCACUGGAAUUAUGCGAUCAAUCGACACAAGCAGACCACGAUCACGCCAGCGUAUCACAUGGAGGCUUAUGGUGUGGACGAUAAUCGAUUCGAUAUGAGACCUUUCUUGUAUCCGUCCUUCGAGUGGGCAUACCGAAAAAUCGAACGAGCUAUUACGGCGAUGGGGGAGGCUGGGACGAAGGUAGCCGGCAAGGAGGAUCAGCAGUGAUGAGCGAGGACGUUGAUGCUGGAUAUUCGUGCAAAUUUCAGUUCCAACUUCUCGUUAUCUGGCUCUAGAAGGCUUUAAGCCGAUUUGUAGACUAGAUUUGCAUACUCCUUCCGGAGUAUCAAGUGCUUGCGCCCUUUCCAAUCUAUUCCAUCAAGUUCCGCA